AUGGAAAAUAUGUUACAAGAAUAUGACCGUCAGGUUGAAAAGCUGAAAAUGGCAGCUAGUACAAGUUACAUUAUGUCUGCCUCUGGUGUCGGUGCCAUGAAUACAUCAUUAUCAAAUCAACUACCCAGAUUAACUCAAGAAACAGAAUUACAGAAAUUGUUGGCUGAUGAGCGCAUGAGAAGUGAACAACAUAAAACAAAUUAUCAGCAGUUAAAAACAGAACACUCCAGAUUACAAGAAGAAUAUUGGCAGUUACAGAAUGAAGUUCGAACAACUAUUGAAGAGAGUAGAAUUGUACAAGAAAAGUAUAAAACUAUGUAUGAUCAAACAAGACAAGAAUUAGCAGACAAAGUUGCAGAAAUAGAAGAUUUAAAAUCUAAG